AGCGCCUCCCAGAAAUGCUUGUUUCUUMAUUCCCCAGCGAGGAAGCCUGUGCGGAGCUGAGCCGGGAGGGCUGACCAGGAGCCUUGACCUUCCUCCUCCUCCUGACACCGUCUUUUUCUAUAAAAUGGGAAUAUUUAUUGCAAUCCUUGCAAUCUGGUUCAGCUCUUCACUUGUCAAAGGGGAUUCUAAGGCUGUGACAACAUCUCUAACUACAAAGUGGUCUUCAACUCCUUUAUUACUUGAAACUAGUGAGUUUUUAUCAGAAGAAGGUCAAGAAAGAUUCUGGAAUUUUGUGGAAGCAAGUCAGAAUAUUAAAGCAUCUCAACAUGAUGGUAGUGAUUAUGCCUUUUACCAUGAGAUGCUGAAAAUAGCCAGCCGGAACCUGUCGCCUCUGCAGCAGAAUUUGCUGAAGUUCUCCUUGUCGUUACGCUCUUACUCUGCAGCAGUUCAAGCUUUUCAACAGAUAGCAGCAGAUGAACCCCCCCCGGAGGGCUGCAGCCUCUUCUUCGUGGUGCAUGGAGAGAAGACGUGUGAAUUUGACUCUCUGGGGAGCCUUUUGCAGACGGCAUCAGAAAGGCCAAGGCCGUUUGUGUUCAGAGGGGACCACAGGCACCCCGCGUCCAGCGCCGACGGCCCCGUGGUCAUUCUCUACGCCGAGAUCGGCACGCAGGAGUUCUACCGCUCCCACCAGCUGCUCGUUUCAAAGGCCAGGGCAGGGGAAAUCGCCUACGUCCUCAGGCACUAUGUCGCUAAUCCCAGUAAAGAAAAAGUCUACCUCUCUGGGUAUGGUGUGGAACUGGCCAUUAAGAGUACAGAAUAUAAGGCCAAGGAUGACACCCAGGUGAAAGGUACAGAUGUUAACGCUACAGUAAUAGAUGAAAAUGACCCUGUUGAUGAAGUGCAAGGAUUUCUGUUUGGCAAACUAAGGCAGCUGUACCCUGACUUGAGGGAGGAGCUGAAGGAGCUCAGAAAGCACCUUGUGGAAAGCACCAAUGAAAUGGCACCUUUGAAAGUGUGGCAGUUACAAGAUUUAAGUUUUCAGACUGCUGCCCGCAUUUUGGCUGCUCCCCCUGUAGAUGCUCUGAUGGUCAUGAAAGAUCUCAGUCAGAACUUCCCUACAAAAGCCAGAGCAAUAACAAAAACGGUUGUUUCCUCGGAACUCAGGACAGAAAUUGAAGAGAACCAAAAGUAUUUCAAAGGAACAUUGGGAUUACAGCCAGGUGACUCUGCCCUGUUCAUCAACGGACUACAUAUUGAUUUAGACACUCAGGACAUAUUUAGCUUGAUUGAUGUGUUACGCAAUGAAGCCCGUGUUAUGGAGGGCCUGCACAGCCUCGGAAUUGAGGGUCUUUCCUUGCACAAUGUUCUGAAGUUAAACAUCCAGCCAGCAGAUUCAGACUACGCUGUGGACAUCAGAAGCCCUGCUAUUUCAUGGAUCAACAAUCUUGAGCUUGACAGCCGGUACAAUUCCUGGCCUUCCAGUGUGCAAGAACUUCUGCGUCCCACGUUUCCAGGAGUGAUCAGACAAAUCAGGAAAAACUUCCAUAAUUUUGUGCUGAUAGUAGAUCCUGUUCAUGAGACUACAGCAGAAUUGUUUAAUGUGGCAGAGAUGUUCCUCAGUAACCACAUCCCACUGAGGAUAGGACUAGUCUUUGUGCUUAAUGACUCAGAUGAUGUGGAUGGACUUCAGGAUGCUGGUGUUGCCCUUCUUAGGGCGUACAAUUAUGUGGCACAAGAAAUGGAUAAUAAUUAUGCUUUCCAGGCAGUUAUGUCUAUAUACAACAAAGUGAAAACAGGAGAUCGGCUGAGAGUGGAGCAUGUGGUCAGUGUUCUGGAGCAACAGUAUCCGUAUGUGGAAGUGAACAGCAUUCUGGGAAUUGAUUCUGCCUAUGAUCAAAACAGAAAGGCAGCAAGAAGUUACUAUGAGCAGACAGGUGUCGGUCCUCUCCCUGUUGUGCUGUUCAAUGGGAUGCCUUUCCAAAGAGAUCAGCUGGAUCCUGAUGACCUAGAAACGGUGACAAUGCACAAAAUCCUGGAAACCACAAGCAUCUUCCAGCGAGCCGUGUACUUGGGUGAAUUAUCUAAUGAUCAAGAUGUAGUUGAAUACAUCAUGAACCAACCUAAUGUUGUUCCCAGAAUCAAUUCAAGGAUCCUAAUGUCUGAUAGAGAGUACUUGGAUUUGACAGCAAUGAAUAACUUUUACGUGGAUGACUAUGCUAGAUUCACUACAUUGGAAUCCAAAGACAAGACAGCUGCUGUGGCGAACAGCAUGACCUACUUAACAAAGAAAGGAAUGUCUUCCAAGGAAAUCUAUGACAGUUCUUUCGUUAGACCUGUUACUUUUUGGAUUGUUGGUGAUUUCGAUAAACCUUCAGGGAGGCAAUUGUUGUAUGAUGCAAUUAAGCAUCAGAAAUCCAGCAAUAAUGUCCGAAUCAGCAUGAUUAAUAACCCCAGCGAAGAUCCAAACAGCAAGAAUAUGCUCUUUGCAAAGGCCAUUUGGGCAGCUCUGCAGACUCAAACUUCAAAUAAUGCCAAGAACUUCAUCACCAAACUGGCAAAGGAAGAAAACGCAGCGGCAAUUGAGGCAGGAGCUGACGUCUUAGACUUUGCAGUUGGGGGUAUGGAUAUCAAUAUAUUCAAAGAAGCCUAUGAAUCUCCCAAGGUGGAUUUUAUUCUGUCCCAUGCUGUCUACUGCAGAGAGGUUCUGAAGCUGAAGAAGGGGCAGAGGGCUGUCAUCAGCAACGGAAGGAUUAUUGGUCCAUUAGAAGAUGGUGAGAUGUUUAACCAGGAUGAUUUCCACCUGCUUGAGAAUAUCAUACUGAAGACAUCAGGACAGAAAAUCAAAUCCCAGAUUCAGCAGCUGGGAUUUGAGGAAGAUGUUGCAAGUGACUUGGUGAUGAAAGUGGAUGCCCUUCUGUCUGCUCAACCCAAAGGAGAGGCAAGGAUUGAAUAUCACUUUUUUGAAGAACGAUACAGCGCAGUGAAAGUGAGGCCAAACGAGGGGCAGACCUACUUCGACGUGGUGGCUGUGGCCGACCCUGUGACCAGAGAAGCUCAGAGGCUCGCCCCGUUACUUCUGGUUUUGAACCAGUUGAUAAAUAUGAACCUAAGAGUGUUUAUGAACUGCCAGUCCAAACUUUCCGACAUGCCUCUCAAAAGCUUCUAUCGUUAUGUUCUGGAGCCAGAGAUUUCUUUCACAGCAGAAAACAACUUUGCUUCUGGACCAAUUGCCAAGUUUUUGGAUAUGCCCCAGACCCCGCUGUUCACUUUGAACCUAAAUACUCCUGAGAGCUGGAUGGUGGAGUCCGUCAGAACCCCCUAUGACCUCGAUAACAUUUACUUGGAGGAGGUGGAUAGUGUUGUAGCUGCAGAAUAUGAAUUAGAGUACCUGCUUCUGGAAGGGCACUGCUAUGAUAUCACUACUGGGCAGCCACCUCGGGGACUCCAGUUUACACUGGGAACUUCAACCAGUCCUGUCAUUGUCGAUACCAUUGUUAUGGCCAACUUGGGCUACUUCCAGUUAAAAGCCAAUCCUGGUGCAUGGACUCUGAGACUCAGAAAAGGCAGGUCUGAGGAUAUCUACAGAAUCUACAGCCAUGAUGGGACAGACUCCCCUCCUGAAGCUAGUGAAGUUAUUGUUGUUCUCAACAACUUCAAGAGCAAAAUUAUUAAGGUCAAGGUUCAGAAGAAACUGGACAUGAUGAAUGAGGAUUUACUAAGUGAUGGCACCAAUGAGAAUGAGUCUGGAUUUUGGGAAUCUCUUAAGUGGGGAUUCACCGGAGGACAAAAGACUGAAGAUGUGAAACAGGAUAAAGAGGACGUGCUGAAUAUAUUCUCCGUGGCUUCGGGACACCUGUAUGAAAGAUUCCUCCGCAUAAUGAUGUUGUCUGUGCUGAAACACACUAAGACUCCUCUAAAGUUCUGGUUUCUGAAGAAUUACUUAUCACCGACAUUCAAGGAGUUCAUCCCUUACAUGGCAGAGAAGUACAAUUUCCAGUAUGAGCUUGUCCAGUACAAAUGGCCCCGCUGGCUUCAUCAGCAGACAGAAAAACAGCGGAUCAUCUGGGGAUACAAGAUCCUCUUUCUGGAUGUGCUCUUCCCACUGGCUGUUGAUAAAAUCCUGUUUGUGGAUGCUGAUCAGAUUGUGCGCACAGAUCUAAAGGAAUUAAGAGAUUUCAAUCUGGACGGUGCUCCUUAUGGAUACACUCCAUUCUGUGACAGUCGAAGAGAAAUGGAUGGCUACAGAUUCUGGAAAUCAGGAUACUGGGCAAGUCACUUAGCUGGAAGAAAGUAUCACAUCAGCGCGCUGUAUGUCGUGGACCUGAAGAAGUUCAGAAAGAUAGCAGCUGGAGACCGACUCCGAGGACAGUAUCAGGGUCUUAGUCAGGACCCUAACAGCCUGUCUAACCUUGAUCAGGAUUUGCCUAACAACAUGAUCCACCAGGUGCCCAUAAAGUCACUCCCGCAGGAAUGGCUUUGGUGUGAAACAUGGUGUGAUGAUUCCUCAAAGAAGAGAGCAAAAACCAUUGACCUGUGUAAUAACCCAAUGACCAAAGAGCCCAAGCUGCAGGCAGCGAUGCGGAUAGUUCCCGAAUGGCAGGACUACGAUCAAGAAAUCAAACAGCUCCAGAGUCGCUUCCAGGAAGAGAAAGAGACAGGCACCCCAGCUGAGAGGACAGAACAGCACACACAAGAUUCAGCGGCACAUUCAGAAUUAUGAUCCAUGGAGGGGRAAAAAAAAAAGUCAAAACAGACUGUUUCAUAGACAAUUUUUAUAUUGAAAGCUGUUUUUUUUUUUUCUGGUAUGUCUGCAAAACUGCUGAAUAAUUGAAUGGGAUGAUGUAUGCAUUUUUAUUACUUGCCUUUGGGUUAAUUUCUGCCUAUGAAAUAAGAUCUGGAUUGCUGGAAUUAGCAUUACUGGUUUUUGCACCUGUGGCGGUGAUGAAAGAGCCCAUGAUGGAAUUUAGCAUUUCAGAAAAAAAUUCAAAAUCCACUGGAAAAGCUGCAGCCUGUUCCUUCAGCUGUCGCUACCUCCACCCCGAUCAGGAUUCCCUUGGCCUCCAGUCGGACUCGAGAGCGCCUGGAAAACGCAGACCUGGAACACGAGCAGCUGGCCAGAAUGUACGUCCUUACCUCAACUGAUGGAGACAAAAAUUUCCAGCUAACAUCAAGGCUCCGAUUCUUGCCUUAAAUUGGGAUAUUGCUUCAUCUGCAAGUUUUCAAGUGGUCAAAAUGCUUCUCGGAUUCGUUUGGUACGCCUUUUUCCCCCUUUUUGUAACAUAUCCGGUGUUACUUAGAUCCUCCAAUACCAGUCUUCAUUCAUUUGUUAACUAGGGAAGGUUGGGCUUAAUGUAAAAUCACUAUUCAAAACUACUCAAUCUGGUCGCAUGCCCAACCGAACACACARGCCUAAGCUUACAAAAAGAGCAGAAUUUUGGCAAUUCAGUUUAUCCUACCCCACCUGGCUUGAAACAAGAGUGGCCUCCUUCCUGCUCAGAGUUUAAAUCAAUUUGCAAAAUUGGUCGGGUCUAACUCUUGCUGUGGUUCACUGAUUCAUGAAUGUGUUUUGGUUAGAAAAAUCUGUGGAAGCUUGGAAGCUUUUCCUUAUGUAAAUUCCA